GUGCUCGGGCCAGCGAGCAAGUAACGUUGAUGUUGGUACUCUUCGCCGUUCGCGAGCGUCGUUUACGAUUUUCAUUCCGAUUUCUUGGUGUACCACGAUCGAUCGGUGCCGGAAUGACGUUCGUGGGAUCUCCUCGUUGAAUGAGAGUCCUCGUGGAAGGGUAGCUAACGACAGCCGUCAAAGAUGAUGCAGGAAAUCAGUGACCAAUCUUCCAGGACAGUUCUCCUGAAUACUUUCGUGGUAAAGAAGAAACGGUGCAGGGUCUACUUUCAUCGCGGAACGCUGAUAUGGGAAACGGAGAAACCACCGUACACAAGAUGGACUCUGCCGCUGACGGACGUGCUCGCAGUACGCUAUGGAGACGAUUGGAUACCUGGCAACGUUAAAGAGAAACAACCUCCGACUUCGCCCACUUCCUCCACCGUGUGCCCGACAAAUUUCAUUUUACACUACGCUGUUCGUGGGCCGAAGAUGAAAUGGAGCCAUCACAGUGUGACCAUGAGCCACACGGACCCCAGGCAAGUUGCAUCCUGGGUGAAAACCAUUCGAAAUUACCUCAUGGGACUAACCCAUCGCCCAAGGAAGAUAUUGCUGUUCGUCAACCCUUUUGGAGGGAAGAAAAAGGGACUGAAAAUUUGGGAGAAGGAUGUACAGCCUCUGAUGACCAUAGCGGGGAUUGAAACCAAAAUGUUGGUCACUGAGAGAAUUGGACAUGCUCGUGAUACGCUUCUAACUGCGGAUCUAAGUGACUUUCAUGCGGUGGUGUGCAUCGGUGGAGACGGUACUCUCGCGGAAGUGAUCAACGGCCUUGUGCUGAGGACCUCAAAGGAGCAGCAGAUCGAUCCCAACGACCCUGAAGUCUCUCUGCCAACCCCCUUGUUGCCUAUAGGGGUGAUACCCAGCGGGAGCACCGACACGGUGGCGUACAGUCUCCAUGGGACGACCGACGUUCAGACGGCCGCGAUACAUAUCAUUUUCGGCGACAGUACUGGCCUCGAUAUCUCCUCCGUUCACAGCGAUCAAACAUUACUGAGGUUGUACGCUAGUGUACUUAGCUAUGGCUAUCUGGGUGACGUGAUCCGGGAUAGCGAAAAGUUCAGGUGGAUGGGGCCCCAGAGAUACGACUACUCGGGUUUCAAGAAGAUUAUAGCGAACAAAGGUUACGAAGGAGAAAUACAAUUACUGUCUGACCCUUGUCAUCCAGCUACGAGCACAAGAUGCACAAAAAACUGUACAAGGUGUUUGCAACAUAUGCACAAGAGCGUUCCAGACAAAGAAAUUUCCAGAUGGAUGACCAUCAGAGGUAAAUUCUUCAUGGUGAACGGUGCUAAUCUCGCCUGCGCCUGCUCCAGGAGUCCCAUGGGGUUCAGUCCGCAUUGUCACCUGGGAGAUGGUUGCGUGGAUGUGAUUCUAGUUCGGCAUACGUCACUUUUUAACAAUAUAAGAAUGUUGCUCAGGCUGACCAGCAAACAGAAGACUCUGUAUGAUCUACCUUUCGUCGAGGUAUACAGAGCAAGGGAGUUCACGUUUCGUGCCCUGCCCACCUUGCACAUGCAGUCUGAUAGCGAGAUUAAUAAUCGCUAUAUGAACUCGAGCUUGAGUGUGUGGAAUUGCGACGGCGAGGUGAUCGAUAACUCCAACGUGAAAAUCAGGGUACACUGCCAACUAGUGAACGUGUUUACCAGAAGAGCGGAAGAAGUGGUUCACGAUCGGACAUGUUUUUGUUAAUUGCGAUCGCCAAUUGAUGUUCUAAAGUGGCGGUGUUUAACACUUUGACAACCAAACGUUUUAUUUCUCAGAAAGUCCAUUGGAUUAUGUUUCAGAUUUUAGUAGUAAUGCAUUACCAAUUUUAUGAAACGAGAUGUAGAUAAUUUGAGAAUGGUCGUCAAAGUGUUAAGACUGAUAGAAUGAUGCGCGUUUCCGCUGGGACACGAUGGCCAUUGAAACCCUAUAGUUCCUUCGACUUGCCCGCAAUUUACGAGCUAUCGCCAUGUGAUGUGUGAUCUGUAUAAACAAUGCUGUUCGACGGUGAUAUUUUGUGAUGGAUGGUACACCAAAUUUCAAAACUUUAACACUUCAUAAUUAUUAAAUUAUAAUUCUCUAUACCUCACUUCUAGGCACUUCGAAAAUUUAAGAGGUGAAAAAUUUAACAGGAGUCCAAGUAUCUCAACACGAAGAAUCACAAAAUAUCAUCGUCGCACAGUUGUCCGACCAUCAACGGAGUUAUUUUACACCGCUGCUUGGCAAACCUUUUCGAGCUAAACUUUGACCCAGUGCGAACGAAAUCAGCGCCUAAACAAGGUGUAAACUCAUUGAACACCAUCUAAACGUCCACGAAGAACUCAGUAUGCGAAAACUAUCCUCAUUUACGAUACUCGUCACUCGGAAAAUUUCCUUUAUUUUCUCUGUAUUUUUAGAUGUAAUUCACAAACGUCUCAACAUUCCACUCGCGCGACUCAGAAUGUACUUAUAAAAUUUUGUACGAAGUACGACCUAGGUUUUUCCUGGUCGUUUUUUUCCGGCAUUGCUAUAUUGGUUGCGCGCGUUUUUCGUACUUAACAGAGAACGAAAUGGAAAGGAGAGAUGAAUGUAAUUGUAGAUUCGGUGCACGGAUAUGGAUUCUUCCUUGUAUGAUAUUUCCAAGGAUAUUACACCAUUAGUCCCUUAACACUUUGAUGUGAAUCUCAUUGGUCGAAUGAAAUGAGUCACGAUAAUUAAUAAGUACAGUAGACUCUUGUUAUAGUCUUUAUAGUCUUGUAAGAUAACGAUAGUCUACUGUAUUAUUUUUGCCAAAAAUGCGUAAUGGUAUAUAGUAAUAUAUAUAACAGCGCUUUAUUAAUUAUUAAAGUGUCAAUUAUUUCUAUGAAUUGUAAAAGCAUCAUCAAAGUGUUAAGUUUAAUCGAUGAUAGGAUUCGUUCGUAGAAAGUAUGUACAGUAUGAGGAGUACUCCAGAAAACUCAGUAUAUUUUUCACGUAUUAGCACGAUCCAAAGGGACAGACAGAUGCAAUUGAAAAUCGUUAGGAUAUUAUACCGCGCGUCAAUAAUUCGUCAUCGAUAGCGUAGCGAUAUAUUUUAAAGAGAAAGGAACGACGCGUAUUUUCUUGAAACGAGAGCGAUUUUAGCUGUGGCUGUUAGAGCUUAACGUUUACAAUUAAGCUAAGAAUUUCGAGCGGCAUUUACUUUACCAGAACAAGUAUUUCGACCUAUUUAUUUAACGCUAUAAGAUAGGUUCUAUAAAAAGAAUAUUGAACAUUGUAAUCGAUUGUGACAAUUUGAGCGAUUCGAAAACGAACGAGCAACGAGAGGAAAUUGUUAAUUUAAUAUUUUCUAGUCUGUUGCGUUAAGACACGAGCACUCCGUCCUUAGUUCCGUUUUCACGAGCCCAGUGUAUUGUAAAGGGCGGAAGUUUCCCUCGUCGCUUCGUUAUCUCGUCUAUCUUCGAUAAUGUUAAACCUUGAGAUUAAAAGUGUUUUGUAAAAAGGCGAAGGUACUCUGUGAUUUUAAUUGUUUAAAUAUUUGAAGUUUGUUAAUUGGUUCUCUGCUGACAGAACAUAUAAUUUUUUAUCGAAAUUUCAUUUUAAAUUCUUGGAACAUUUACAAAAUUUUCAUUCUAAAACAUAUCGCAUACAAAAGACAGUGUACCUUGCUAUAAAACGAGCCACGUACCGAAUUUCGUCCAGCUGCAUUUUUCCUUCUUUUUUACGUCCACGCUUGGCUAAACUCGUUUAAAAUUCGACUACUCGUUGCUUCUCUACCGUUUGCGGUCCGACAACCGUUACUUCCGGUCAAAGAAUGUAUUUAUUUAAGUAUUCUUUCGCAUCGAGCGUUCUUUGGAUAUAGAGUUUUUUUAUUGUAAUUAUUUUUGUAUCAUAUGAUCGCGCACACGCUUCCGUAUAAUUCUUUCCGUGAAAGAAAUAGAAAUUAAUUUAAUCACAAUUGUAAUUGUAAUCUUUAUGUUCGUUUGAAAUUGGAGGAUCGCAAAAGAUCAACGACAAAAAGAGAAUAGCGAUUAUAUAGAUAAAGAUUAUUUUGUAGAUUCGUGUGUACAGGUUGUACAGAUAUAUAUACACACUUAUAUAUAUAAAUACAUAUGUAUAUAUUAUAUAUUUUAAUUACGUAUUUAUAUAUAUAGAAAGGGAGAGCUGAAAACCGAUCGUUGUAACGAAUUGCGAUGCAACUAUAACGAGAGUAUUUAAUUAAUUUUGUGAUGGUGCACCGAAUGUCAAGUGGCUGCGUAUAUUAAUAAAAAUUGUACUUCACUUUUUCAAA